CACACGUUACCAUGAAGGCCCUGAUUCUGCUGGCUUUGCUCGGAGCAGCAUUUGUUGCUGCCGAGCAGGACGAUAAGAUCGUCGGGGGCUACGAGUGCCCCCGUCACUCGGUCCCCUAUCAAGUGUCGCUCAACGCCGGCUACCACUUCUGCGGAGGCUCCCUCAUUUCCAGCCAGUGGGUGGUCUCUGCCGCCCACUGCUACAAGUCUCGCAUUCAGGUGCGUCUGGGCGAGCACAACAUCGCAGCCAACGAAGGCACGGAGCAGUGGAUCGACUCGGCCGUGCUGGUCAAGCACCCGCAGUACAACAGCCACAACCUGGACAACGACAUCAUGCUGCUCAAGCUGAGCCGCCCGGCCGCCCUCAACAACUAUGUUCGCACCGUGCCGCUGCCCUCGCGCUGCACCUUCGCCGACGAGAACUGCCUGGUGUCCGGCUGGGGCAACAUGGCUGCCAACGGCAACAACUUCCCCGACAGGCUUCAGUGUUUGAGGCAGCCCAUCAUUGACGACAGGAUCUGCCAGAACGCUUACCCGCAUCUCUUCACCCAGAACAUGCUCUGCUCCGGUUUCAUGCACGGCGGCGCCAGCAGCUGCCAGGGAGACUCCGGCGGUCCUCUGGUGUGCAACGGUGAGCUGCAGGGUGUGGUCUCCUGGGGCUACGACUGCGCCAUGAAGGGUCACCCCAGCGUGUACGCCCGCGUGUGUCGCUACAACAGCUGGAUCAACAACGUCAUGAGGAGCUACUGAGUCAUAGACCAGUAACCAGUUUUGUCAAUAAACAUUACCAUGUCAAAUAUUUGCUUUCCAGUUGUUUUCAAUAGGCCCCCAAAAUUGAGAAAAUAUGGUUUUGUGAGUUUUAGCUACAUUUUAUUAGGACUGUGAGA